CCAAUCCUCACCGAGAAUCUCCACAUAUCCAGUGAGACAAGAGUAGAAAUUCAAUCUUUUUAGUUCUUCUUCGUCUCCGCCGCCAUAGCGCUACAGCGACGCAAUGGGCAACGGGUCGAGCUUGACCCUCCGAGACCUGGAGAACGAACUGGUAGCUCUGAGAAACGAUGCCCUGGGUCCCGGCAUUGAGUACAGGAGCAAGCUCAUCGCGAUAUUCGACGCUAUAAAGUUAGAAGCGGAUGGAGCUAAGGCCCUGGUCGACCUGAAGGCUGCCAGCGCCGAGAUGGCGGCUGAAGCCAGCCAGAUCGACUCGGAGACGGUGCUGCAGAAAGCGCAGAACCUCUGCUGCACCUGUAUAGACACGGUCACGGGAGCAAUCCUGGCGGCUACGGAGAAGAUCAAUGGUGAACUGAGUUCAGACUGGGAUAGCCUCCGAGCCGCAUACGACGCAGCGAUGCUUUAUCUCACCGCCUAUGAGCGCAUUCGAGCGCUGAAAGAUACUGAGAAUGCUGCUCUAACGGCAGCUGGAGGCACGCUAGCAACAAUCGACGCUGCAGCUCUAGCAAAGCUGAAAGCUGAUACUGCAGUAUGGGCCGCCGCCGCCAACAAGGCGGACAUAAUUCGCCUGGUGUCCCAAACUGGCUUUGAUGAUCCCAGCAAAGCCGAUGCGAAGGCGCAGCUGAAGCUCUACGGCGUGCCUGAACCUGCGGCAUUCGUCACCCUCACAAACGCAAUGAUUCUCGCCUUUGGACAAGCCAGAGCUGCCACUAUCAAGUAGAGUUUUAAAGCCUUUACUUGUGUACAUGGGUGCCGCUAGUGAUCUCGCCCAGUCACCAUACGCAUGGCCAUUCAUAUUAUUACAAUCAGGCUUCACUGUGCCGGCCUGCUUGUUUCAACCACCAGCUGCCAGACUAUAAAGAAAACCUUUCGAAAAAAAUCGUGCAAUUUCUCCAAUAAACAUUCAAUCUCUCUCUCUCUCUCUCCCACAUUCAGUGUUUCUUUCUCUUACACCCCCCCCCCCCCUCCUAUACUAUGCUGAAAGUUUAGUUCGAGCACUAUCAUGACGUCAUGACGCAUUGUCGAUGAUCAUGCCGAACAAGUAACAUGCUCAUUUUCACGAAUAACUGGAUUUUCUCUUUCACUUGGUUAUUACGAGUAUUCAACGCUCACAAUUGCAAUACUAUUACAAGUAAAAUACCAUGCUCUCUGCGUUCAGGAUUCUCUAUGAUUGUAAACUUUCUUGUACUCCAUCACCUUUCUAGUGUUCACUUAUUCAUAAUAUUUCCGAAAUUCCUCCUUCUUUUGUGAUGUCAGCUUGUACG